ACCUCUGCAUGUUCUGAUGUGGUUCGUUUAACUCGGAACUCAUCGAGUGGUUUCGUCUGUUCGAUGCUUUUGUACACAACAAAUGCCGUAGUGAAACAUACUAAAAGUUGAGAUUGUUGGACCAAGGUGUGUGCUGGUAGUAGAAACAAGCAGGUAGGAAGAAACAAGCUGCAUACCGAUGUCGUUACAUUGAACAAAAUUUAUAAAUCGUAAAGAAUAAAUAAAACUUUAAAUAAAAAUUACUUUGAAAUUUGACCUUCUGUGAAGACAAAUCGUGUCUCUUGAAAAUCAGUGUUGUAUAUAAAAUUAUAUAAAAAAAUCUCAACAUCAAAAUGAAUCAAUUUCUCUUGGAAUAAAUUAAAUCAAAUUUACCAAUCAACAAUUUUAUUUCGUUAAUCUACAAUGAGCUCUGAAGCUUGGGAGCUGGAGCGAAGGUAUUCAGUGCCAGGUGCACUUGAUAUUCGUGGCUUGGAGCCACCAGCCAGCGAAGAUCUUCAUGCCUGGUCUAUUUACAGACAAAAUUUAAAUUCAGAUUUUACUGAUUCUGCUCUUGGCUCAGCAGAAAAAUCUCCUUUACCUUAUGGAAAUUUUCAAUUGCGUGAUUCAACAGUUCAAAGUAUUUUAAGACAUCCAAGAUAUGGUCCAAAGAGUCCUCUAGCAAGUAACUCUUAUACAUAUUUAAAAUUUGGAUUACCUCGUGUAUUGCCACCAUCAAGAAUUCGUGAUGGAUCAAGUGGUUAUAACUCCAGUGAAGAAGGACGUCGUAUAUCACAAAGUGGUGGAACUGGUGGAGGUGGUGGUGGUGGACAGUCUAGUUCAGCAAUGAGAUCAGCACGUAGUGAUCCUGAUUUUCGACAAGUACAUUCAACACCACGUGAAUAUCAUCAAGCACAAUCACAAUUAAUUGUUAGUCCACGUGAAAAUAAUAAUAAUAGAUUACGUGGUGCAAGUAGUGAAGCUAAUUUACUUAAUUUAUCAAAACCAAAUCGUCGUCAUAGUAUUGCACCAAUUGAUCCUGGUUAUGGACAUCCAAGUAUAAUUGGUACACAUUCACAAUCACAUGGACAUAUUGGUCCAGGUGAUUCAUCAGUAUACAAUAUGACAGGUGGUAUGAGAAGAUUAACAAAUCAUUAUCCACAUUUACAGUUACGUUGUAUUGAAACAAGAGAUGGUGUAUUAAAAAAUAUUAGUUUAGAAGCUGGUGCAACAGAUGUAUUAGCUAUUAUGUCAACAACUGAAAAUGAAGGAAUGGGAAUUAUUGAAACAAUAUCUGGUAGAAGAAAUAUUAAAAGAGGUGAUAUAUUAUUAAAUGGAAGAACAGUAUCAACAAGAACAUUAAAAUCACGUGUUGCAUAUUUACCAGCUGAAAGUAGUUUAAGUUAUGGUUUAACAGCACAACAAGUAUUAAAUUUUUAUAUUUGUUUACGUGGUGGUUCAAGAACAUCAGAAAUUGAAACUGAAGUUAUAUUACAAGAACUUGGUCUUGAAACAACAAAACAUUGUCUUGUUGAUACAUUAACAACAUCUGAAGCAAGAAGACUUGUACUUGCAUGUAGAUUACUUCAAGAUGCUCAUAUUUUAGCAUUAGAUAGACCAACACAUGGUCUUGAUAUAUUUGAUGCAUUUUUUUUAGUUGAAUAUUUACGUCAAUGGGCAACAAGAGGACAAAGACUUGUUGUUUUAACACUUCAUCCACCAACUUAUGAAAUAUUAACAAUGGUAUCAAGAGUUGCACUAACAUCUGGUGGUAGAAUUAUGUACACUGGACACAGAAGAGAUAUGCUUUCAUAUUUUGCACUAGCUGAAUUUCCAUGUCCACCAUUUAAAAAUCCAUCAGAUUAUUAUCUUGAUCUUGUUACUUUGGAUGAUUUAUCAGCUGAAGCAAUGCUUGAAUCAUCACAAAGAAUUGAUCAUCUUGCUGAAAUGGCUAAAUCAAGAUUACCAAUGUUAAGUGAACCUGGUCAACCUGGUCAAUUACCACCAGCAAUAUAUGAUGCAAAUAUAUUUGUUCAAAUUUAUGCACUACUUAUAAAAACAAUUAUUUAUACACAACCAUGGACAAUGAUAAAAUUAUUACAAAAAAUUAUUAUUGCAGCAUCAUUGAGUUUAAUAAUUGGUGGUGUAUUUUGGAAUGUAACUGAAGAUAAAAAUUUAUAUUUACGUGAUAAAAUUGGUUUUUAUUAUACAAGUUUAGGUGUAUUAUUUUGGCCACUUGCAUUAAUUGGAAUAAGUGAAGUAACAAGUGCCAGACCAAGUAUUGAAAGAGAUAUUAAAGAUGGUCUUUAUGGUCGUUUUAUUCACAUAAUUAUUGAGCUAUUGUGCAGUGUGCCAUCAUGGUUUCUUGUUUAUGCAAUAUAUUUGGUUCCAGCCUAUGUAAUGUCUGGUCUUCAUAUGGCAAUUGAUGAAGAUUUAACAUCAUUAUGGAAUUAUUUAGCUACUGGUUUACUUUAUCUUAUGUUUCAACAUUUAAUAUGUAUUUUUUUUGCAUAUAUAUGUAAAUGGAAUGGUCUUGCUGCUUUAUUAUCUGGUAUUAUAAUUAUAACUAUGAAUUUAACUGGUGGUGUAACAUUACACUUGGAUAAUUUACCAUCAUGGUACAGAACAAUAAGUCCAAUGGAAUGGACAUUAUCAAGUCUAUUACCACAAGUUCAUAAUAACACAAAUAAAUCAAAUUGUCGACAACAAGUACAAAGACAAGAUAUUAUUGUUCAAGCACCGUGUGAAACAACAAAUGGUGAUUCAGCAUUACGUGAAAUAAGUCUUGAUAAAAUUAUUGUUGAUGCUAAUUUUCAAUUAAGUAUUGGUAUUGGUAUUGUUUGUUUAAUUAUUGUCAUUGGUUUUUUAAUUAUUCGUUAUAGUACACAAAAACGACCGAGAAGUGCACCAAACAAACCAUAAAUUAUUUAUAUUCAUUGUUUUAUAUUUAAAUUUAAAUAUUACAAGAUGCAAUAUGUGCCAACCUAGCCAUUUACUUAGCUAUAUUUUUUAUUAUCAAGAGUUUUUUUUUUUCUUUAACUCGUCUACCUCGGAAACAACAGAAAAAAAAUAAAUAAAAAAUAAAUAAAAAUAAUAUUGUUUAAAAAGAAACAGCAGAGGUAUUGAGCAAUAAAAAAAAAAAAUAUAAUAAAAAAUACAAAUUCAUAUUAGAUUAGAUAUUAUAGUAUAGAAAUUAUUAUUAUUAUUAUACUUAAAUUUACACGUAGUCUUUAAUCGUUAAGAAUUUUAUAAAACAAAUUUAAUUAUUUUUAGUAAACUACCAUGUCUACUUUUUAUUGAUUAUAAAAAAAAAUAAAAUAAAAAAACAGAAAAAAAAAAAGAUAAUAUGUAAAAUUGAGAAAAAUAAUUUAUGAAUUUUAAAAAUAUUGAUUGGAUAAGAAUUAUUAUUGUUAUUAUUAUUUCUUUUCUAUAAAUAAAUGGUUUUUUUUUUUUUUUUUCCUUUUUUUAUUAAUGAAUUAAUUGCUUAAAAUUAGUUUCGACAAGGAUGUAAUAGUGAGUUAAACUCGUCGGUAUUAUAUUGUUUUUUUUUCUUUUUUUUUUUCAGUUGAUUAAUGAUUUUUUAAUGUUUGUGAAAAAAUAUCAAGGCUUUGACGCUAAAGGAGACAAUUAUUUUUUGCUUUUUUUUUUUGCAAAUUGUUGGUCACUUAAUUAUUAAGAGCUGUAUUAUUUUAUUUUAUCUAUAAAAAGUAGUCAGCUUGAGGCUUUUUACUAGGUAUACCUCGACUCUCUUGUGGUGCUGCUUCAAAUAUUGUAAAGUCUCGUUGAAGAUGCUCAUUCAGUUCUAAUAUAGCAGCAACAUUACCACA